AUCUGAGCAUUUCUUAGAAAUUUCAAUGAAAAUACUUCUGCAAAGACCAUACUUUUUCUUCUCUUCCUUUAACAUAUAUUCCAAUUUACCAAUGAUUCAUUUCAUCACAUAACACAAUCUUCUAUUCUUCAAUUCAAUCACCAUGACACACCUUAAACUAUUUAGUAGUGGAAUUGAGCAUGCUUCAUUUGUGACAAGCUAUGAAAUCCUUAAAAAAACAUGGAAUGUUAUCUUAUAUAGCUAUGAAGACAUAGAUUCAAACGUUGGUGUUGGAUUGUGUUGGAAUGUUUAUAAAGAACAAACUUCAGAUUUGACUAUUAUAGCCUUUGAAGCUACUUCAGAUUGUUCUAAUCUUAAAAGUGAUUUGGUUUUGUCUUCUGAUCUUAAAGGGAAGAAUUUUGUUCAGUUUGAGUUUUUGAGUUCUAAGAGUAUCCCUGUUUUCUCGAUUAAUAGUGCUGCUGUUUCAAUCUUUUGUGAUAAUUUUCAGAAGCUGGAUCAGUUGAAAUCUGAGAUUUUGAGUAAAAAUCCAGUGACUCCAUUGAUUGUUACUGGAAAAGGUCUCGGAGGAUCGAUUGCUUCACUCUUCACAAUAUCACUAUUAGAUAACAUUGGUUCAACCAAAAAUCGACCACUAUGCAUCACAUUCGGUUCGCCUCUUGUUGGUGACAAGAAGUUGCAACAAGCUAUAUCGCGCAGUUCUUAUUGGAAUUCUUGCUUUUUAAACAUUGUUUCAUGCAAUGAUCCUCUUCCAAGGCAAUUCAUCGCAGAUCACAUGCCUUUCGGAACGUUUCUGUUCUGUUCUGAUUCAGAUUCUACUUGUUUCGAGAAUCCUGAUUCGAAUUUGGAAAUAAUAACGACAUUAAGCAAAGUACAUGGUCAAAAUCAAAGAUUUCAAUCGGAUGAAUAUGGAAAUAUAGUCGAAAAACUCAGACGUAAUGCGGUUUUCAAGGAUUCUUCUACCCCGGCCGGAGAUAAGACUCGUUCGGAUUCACUUGCAAUUGGUAUCAGUUUGCAGUUACAUGCAUUAGGAUUGACAUCAGACAUUCUGAAAGAGCAUAACAUUGAUAUCAAUGUCUUGGAAACAAAGAUAAAGAAGCUAGAAGAAAGAUUCAUUCUUCUGAAGAGGAUAUCAUUCGAUCCGUCCAAGAAAUUGAAUCAAAUGAAGGGACACGCAGCGCAACUCGAAUGGUACAAAAAGGAAACAAAAAACCGUAACAUAGGAUACUAUGACAGCUACAAAAACAUGAACUCGCCAUUUGAUCACGACGUUGUUGAGUUUCAUAAAAAGUUAACAAAUUAUUGGGAAAAAAUGGUUGAAGAAGUUGAAAUGAAGCCUCAAAAAGAAGGCGCAGCGUUUCGUACGCGCUGGAUCUAUGCAGGAACUACUUACAGAAGAAUGGUCGAACCUUUAGCUAUUGCACAAUACUACAAAGAAGGUGGAAGAGAUUACGUGAAUGAAAAAAGAUCGAAACACUUCAAGAAUUUGGAGGAAUGGUUGAAACAAGGUUCGAAAAAAGCUAAAAAUGAACUAAAUAGUACGAGUCGGAAGACGGUAGAAGUGAUUUUGACUAUAGAUUCUUGCUUUUGGGCGCAUGUCGAAGAAGCUAUACUUGCAUGCAAAGAGUUGAAGGAAGUGAAAGAUAAAGAUGAGGUAAUGAAGAAAUUGGUUGAAUUUGAGGACUAUGUUUAUGGUUUGCUCAAGGAUUAUGCUGUUUCACCUGAGAUUUUUUUGAGGCAAAGUAGCUUUAUGAGUUGGUGGAAAGAUUAUAAAGCUAUUAAGGGAUUUUCAUACACUUCAAAACUUGCUGAUUUCAUGAAUGAUAUUGGAAAGGUUAAGCAAUAUGGUUUGGGAGCUUAUGAUUUUCCCUGAGAUAUAUAUGGUUUUAAAUUGCGGUUGCAUGCAGUUGUACUGAGACCUUGAUUUUGAAGCAAAAUGCUGCUUAUGUAGACGCGAUUUUGAUUGUGAUGCUGUUGCAGCCGUAAUUGUGGUUGCAGAUACUAAAUGAUAACUCGAGUCGUAUGUGUAAUAAAUUAAAAUUUCAU